AUGGUGUUAGUUCCUAAUAACCCAGGUGAUCUGAGGUUAGGUGAUCAAGAACAAAAUCACAGGCAACCAGAUCCAGAUUUACCAGUUAAUCGAAGAAAUACUAGUGGCGGCUUGUUUGAGUUGAUGGCAAACAAUAUCAUCAUAACAUGUGCUCUAUUCGGUCUUUUAACUUGUUGGACAUGCUCCUUAGUUCAAUCAUUAAAUUCACCACCACCAGAUUCCGUUUCAACCACCAUAAAUAGAGCAAUUUAUUGCAAUUAUGCAAAUACCUUAUUGAAAGGAAUAAAGAACAAAGAUAUAGACGCUUUCAAUAGGAAUGCAACAGCUGGGAUUAGUCCAGAAACACUAGAAAUAAUAGUUCCUUUGAAUGCAAUACCUAUGGCAAUGUGCUCAACUCCAGAUAAUGAAGAUCAUGAAAUACUCAACUAUAGCUAUGAAAAUGAAAAAGAUGCUUAUACAGAUCAAGUUAAAUUAGAUGAAACAUUAAAAGACCUGGCUAAGAAGCUAAAUAUCAGGAUAGAUUUGUCUGAAGAAAGUUUAUUCAGUGGAUUUAACAGCAAAAUUGUCAAAAAAUUAAAACAAUCAUUUGUUAUUAAAGUUUACUUGUUAUUUUUAUUAAUCAUUGUUAGCAGCAUUAUCUUUGAAAUCAUUUAUGAUUUUAUGAACUGGGAAUUUUACCGACUUCAGUAUCUUUUUCUAUCUUUAAUUGUUUUAUUUUGCAUGACACUGGUUUUAUUUUUUAUUUAA